UGGCGCUACAUACAUGCAGCGAUCCAUAAUACACCGUGGGUCAACCUUCGUCCUGCUUUUCCACGGACUUUGAGCUGGGCCUUUUAAAUCUUAUUAAUAGGAGAAUGAGCGUGAUGCUUGUUAGUCUAUUGUUCCGCACUCCUCACCAGUGUUUGUGUUUGACCUCAAAGCACGCUGUAGGAAUCACGAAAAUAUUGACAAGAAAAAUGAGUGACCAUCUUGACAGAACAGCCCACAACUUCAGGCAGUCGGGAAUCAGUGAUGCCACCAUUGUGUCAGUAAAAGAUGCUUCUGCUACAGUCAAACUGCUGACGCUGCAAGUUGCAAACCCACAUUUCAGUUUCAAAGCAGGGCAAUGGGUUGACUUUUUCAUUCCCGGCGUGCAUACAGUGGGUGGCUAUUCCAUGUUCACACCUCCCUUGUCCCUAAUGAAGGAUUUAAGAAUGGGCUUAGCAGUGAAGUACAGUGAACAUGCCCCAGCAUAUUGGGUUCAUAAGCAGUGUCAAGUUGGAGCCAGGGUUGGUGUUCGUGUGGGCGGUGACCAGAUCAUCUAUGACCCUUCACCUAGUGAUCCUAGCUGGGACAUCCUACUCAUAGCAGGAGGUAUCGGCAUCAACCCGAUGUAUUCCAUACUCCAACACGCCAGGGAUCUCCACGUACGCAGUCUGUCAGAAUCUAGCGCGUACAGGCCAGGGAGAGUGGAGUUUCUGUACAGUGCAUCCCAUACUGAUGAGCUUAUAUUCAAGGACUCAAUUCAGACGAUAGCAAGUGAUACAGAAAAUAUAUCCUGCCACUUUUACAUCACCAAAGAGACCAUUGUACCAGCCAGCCACAUAUCAGACCACAGGAUAAACGAGGCAGAUAUAGCCACAUCACUGCAGAGACUGGACAAAGACAGACUGAGAUGCUUCCUAUGUGGCCCCCCACCCAUGAUAGCAGACAUGGAGACACACCUAGAGAGACAAGGGGUCAGACCGGAUCAGAUACAUUGUGAGAAGUGGUGGUGAUGAGGUGAAGUAGGAUCUAUCGGCAAAUGCAUGUGUUGUUGUAGGAGUGUAGCAAGGGAUUUGUAUCUAAGAUUCUUUACUAUCAGGCAUGUGAAAUUUCUGAUUUCUAGAGAUUUCCAUGUUUUAAUCAACCCCCUCACCGUUUUAUUUUUUGCGUGACUCAAAAUGUUUAAGUCCGUCCUGCACACAUAAUUCCAGUAAAAUGUCUUUAUUUUUUAGGCCUAGUCAACGUGAAUCACAAGUUGUGCAUUAGUAUCGGGCAAUAUACUCAGCACAGUGUGCGUUUUCUGGCAAGUAAGUCUGGGACUAGACUAGCCAGCCGUGUGGCUGUGCUUUGUUUUCAUUGAAAGCACGUACUCUUCAGUUUAGGUAUUUUCGUACUGCUUUAUCAUGUGUUCUAAGAACAAUGGGGUUUUUUUUCAUCAAAACCACACCCUUCCUUUUACUGCAUUGACUCUUGCAACAAACAUGCAUUUGUCAUGUUUUAUUUAUAGAAAAUUUAGGUGCAAUUUGAUAACACCAUUUAUCAGAUUAUCAGAUUUUUGUUUUAUAUCAAACAUCUGUAUUUGGCUGUUUUGGACAACUUCCUUAAACUUUAAAGUGAAUGAAUGCAAUACCACUGGGAAUGUAUCCCUACUGACACAAACACUACAACAUAGACCAAAGCCCCCAGGGAGUUAUCUGUGGUGCAAAACAAUAUUUAGUAUUUAGUAUGAAAUUGUAAAUUAAUCAAUUAUUGUAAAUGACAUGUUCUAUCCUAAAGCUGUACUUACAUUAUGAACCUUUUUGGUGUUAUCUUUACUGCUUAACAUUUUUGUAAUACCAAUUUAAUCAUAACCGUCUUCCAAGUAAUCAGAUUACUAGAUGCAGUAAAUCAGCUGAUGUAGUUAAUUCUGAUGUGAACUUUUGUAAAAAUUAAUCGAGAAAGGCUCUGCUUCCAACCACAAUGAAACUAAUAGUGUUUUCCAAGUGCUGUUGAGGAAAUCAAAAUACAACAAUUUUUACUUUAUGAGAAGCCAUUCACUUUAUUCAUUUUAAAGUUUUAAAAUAAAGGAGAACAAAUCGUGACAAUUUCAGUCUGCACCACUGUUUAUGAGUUUUGGCAUUAAUUUACUCUGCAACUUUCAUGUGUGACAAAUGAUAUUUCCAUCUUUUCUUUAGUGUUGAAAAGUUUUUUAAGUUUUUUAAGAUACUUUUUGUAACACAUGAAAAGUUAUUCUUAUAAAAUAAAGUCAUCCCAAAUGGGAAGUUAAACAGUA